AGGUAGGGCUCCGGCGGAGGCCGUGGCUCGUUUGUAAAUGGAGAGGGAGGCGCUAGAAGUGGCGGUGGCUGUGGCGCGAUUUGGAAAAGGGAUUGAACAGCUAGAGCGCCGGACGCCGUCCCUGAAUCCUGAAUCUUCACAAUGCCAAAUUGGUCAUUUUUUCAGGUAUUGAAUAUCAACAGACAGAUGUAACAGCUGUAUGCUACACAAGCUUUGGCACUAUUUUAACUUAUUAGUGCUUCAGACUACAAUUAUCCUGAUGCCCACUUCUUCAGAAUUAAAUAGCGGGCAGAAUUUUGUAGCUCAGUGGAUGUCUAACCCUUCCCGUGCUGGUGUGAUAUUGAAUCGUGGAUUUUCUAGUUUGGAAAUGGGGAGAGAGAAUCAGUUAAAAGCAAAUACUUCCAACAGUUUUACUCUUAAAAGCACAGAUUUUUCAGACAGCUGUAGUUUUCUAAGUGAUGACUCACUUCAUGAAGAAGAGAUCUUGGAUUCUAAAAGCCCUGAUAGAGUGCAGUCAGCUACAAAUGAAACAAAUGCAGUCUUUUCUUACCCUAAAAAGACACAACAAUUACUGAUCUGCAAAGAUGCUCUGGGUCACUGGGAAAAUACCAAAAUUGAUGCUGAAUCUGAUGUAGGUAUCACCAAAGAAGGAGUUUAUAGAGAUCCACUUUUCAAGAAACUUGAACAGCUCAAAGAAAUCCAACAGAAGAAGCAGGAGGAACUGAAGAGGCAGCAAUUAGAACAGAUCCAGAGGCUCCUGGAAGAGCAAGAGAAACUGCUGACUAUGGUGUCUGGGCAACAGACACACUCAGGCUUGACUUUACUGUCUGAAGAUCAGAACCCCAAAUAUGGAAAUUCCAUAAGUUCUACUCCUGUACAGAAAACCAUGCCUUACUUGUCACAUAUGUACCAGAAUCAAACCAGAAUAAAAACUCAUGGUCCUGAAAUUUUAUCAUGUGGUUCUGUACAAGAAAGAGAAAUGACUCCAUGCAGGACUAUGAGUAAAGAAUAUGUUUUAUCUUCAAAAAGUGGUAGUACUUCUCCAGACUUUUCUCAUGAGGCACAAUGUCUAGAAGCAUGUAUAAGAACACAGAAUGAUUGGAAAGAAGAAAAUAAAGAUAAUACAGGGGAAGGUAUACUGCCAUGUUGGGAGAAAAUGACUGAACAGUUACCAGAAGGGAAAGAGAUUACAAACUCAAAAAAACCUGGUGAUUCUUCUGAUAUUAACAAUGGAAGAAAAUUGUUAGCAAUAUCUAGUAUUGAAGAAAGGCCAAUUAAAGCUGCUAUUAGAGAAAGGAAACAGACAUAUGAAGAAUUCUUAGAGGAACAGAUUCAGAUAGAAGAACAAGAAUUGAAACAAAAGCAGCUACAGGAAGCAGAAAUGUCAUCAUUAGCCAAAGCAAUACCAAAACGGCCAUUCUUAAAAAGAGGAGAAGGCCUAGCUAGGUUUACUAAUGCUAAAUCUAAAGUUCGAAAACCAAAAGAGAAUAAAUUAAUGACUCAUCAAAGCAUGUCAGAAGAACAGCCAGUAUUUAAAGCAGACAGACAACAAAUACAGCGGAAAACUGCUCUUAUAAAUAAGGAACCAGUUACAGAGAUGAAAAAGAGUAAUCAAGUCAGAAACAAAACCAGUAAUGCAGUUUCUCUGAAGUCAAAAGUACUUAGAAGUAAUAAUGGGAAGAAAUUUGAUGGACAGCUUAAAGAUCAAAUGAAAUUAGAAAAAAAUAAUAAGUUAGAACCUAAUAAGGAAAAUAUACCAGAGUGUACAAAACCCUUUGAAAUAGGUUGCAAAGUCAAAAAUAAACCACAAUGCAUAGAAAAGCCUCUUAUUUCUACAGAACUGACCAAUCCUGCCUCUGUUUCUAAAAGUUCUAUGGGUCAUAUUGUAAAAGAUUCAGACUUUUCUUUUGAAAUUUCAUUUCAAAAGAAAUUAGACAAUUGGGAAAAGGAAAAAGAAAAGGAGAACUUGGAGUUAGAUGAAUUUUUGUUCUUGGAACAAGCUGCUGAUGAAAUAUCAUUCUCUAGUAAUUCCUCAUUUGUAUUAAAAAUCUUAGAAAGAGACCAGCAGAUUGGCAAAGGCCAUAGAAUGUCUUCUACCCCUGUCAAAUCAGGGCAACAAGUAAAAGCAAAUAUAACAGAUGUUGUUAUUCCACACAACCAAAAUAAGAAAUCAAAUCAUAUUAAACAAGAUAAGAAUAUGUAUGAAAUAACAAAACAUCUUGAAUCAAAAGCAUCACCUCAAAGUUUGAAAGAACAGAUCAGCAAAGUCAGCAAAAAACCAUUUCAAAAUAUUACUUCUGAGAGUCAAAUCAAAUGGAAUGUAAGUGAGGAUGAAGAUGAUGGGAACAGUGGUGUUAGCAGUGACUUUGAAGAGCAUCUUGAUAGUACCAUAAAAGCAACAAAUGAAGAUACUAAAAACUUUUACAGCAGCAGCAGAGAAGAUAAUCCACAAAAGGGUGAUGGUAAAGGACCUUUCAGAGACUCUAGGAAGGAGGGUAAAAACCGGGAUAUUGAUCUGGAUUUGUCAGAUAAAGAUGACAGUAGUGAUGAAUCCAUCAUAGUGGUAAGCAUGAACGAUAAAAUUCCUAAGGCAUCAUGUGUAAAUAUGAAUAAAAUUGAUUUUGAUGAUGAGAGAACAUGGACUGACUUUGAAGAAAAUGAAAGUAAAGAUGAUGUACUUGGGAAUGAAGAUGUUAAUGGGCUUCCUUUGAUGGACUAUUGUAGUAAAACUGAAAUAUCUAAUUUGGACAAAGCAAUAAAAAGGAAGGUUGCACCCAUAAAGAAAGGAGAUGAUUUGUGUAAAUCCAGUAAGAGUAUAAGCCCUCCUCCUACUAAUGAUCUGAUGAUGAAACUCUUUCCUUCCUUGAAGCCUAAACCUAGAUCAGACCCACACUUAGCAUCUGAAUCUGAAUUAAAUAAAAGCCAAGAACAACCACUUGGUGAUAGUGUUCGCUCCCAGAUUUUAAAAGAGAAAGUUGUUGAAUUGGAAACAGAAAUCGAAAGAUUUAAAGCUGAAAAUGCAUCAUUAGCUAAACUUCGCAAUGAAAGAGAAAAUGCCUUAGAAAAUCUCAGAAAGGAGAUUGCAGACUUUGAACAGCAGAAAGCAAAAGAAUUGGCUCGAAUUGAAGAGUUUAAAAAGGAAGAAAUGCGAAAGCUACAAAAAGAACGCAGAGUUUUUGAAAAAUAUACUACAACUGCAAGAGCAAUUCCAGAUAGAAAGGAACGUGAAGAAAUUCAGGCUUUAAAACAACAAAUAGCAGAUUUACAAGAAGAGUUGAAGCGAAAAGAGACAAAGUGGUCAAAUACACAUGGUCGCCUUAAAAGCCAAAUAGAAACAUUAGCUAAAGAGAACACAGAUCUUCGAGAAGAGAUAAAAGUUAUGGAACGGUUUCGACUUGACGCCUGGAAAAAAGCAGAAGCUAUUGAAAACAACUUAAAGAAUGAACAUUCCCUAUUUUCUAUGAAAAAAGAAGAGUCUACAAAUCCAUUGUUAGGCUUUCAGAAGAGUCAGAACUCAUCUUCAAGUCAGAUGGAAAAAUACAAGAAAAAUCAUUCACCAGGACAAGGAAAUCUGCCUCGGAGACCAAAGUCAGCACCAGUCCAUGAUCUAAGUAAUUCAGACAAAGGACAGCUCAUAUCCAGUGAACUAUUUGAACCACUAAUAUGCCCCGUUCCUGAUUCUGAAGUACAAGAAGAAGUAGUUCAUGGAGAAAUCAGUCAUCCUGAUGGGAAGAUUGAAAAGGUUUUAAAAAGUGGGUGCCAUGUUAUCUUGUUUCCAAAUGGAACCCGGAAAGAAGUGAGUUCAGAUGGAAAAACUACCACUAUUACUUUUUUCAAUGGAGAUGUGAAAAAAGUCAUGCCAGAUGGAAGAGUGAUUUACUAUUAUGCAGCUACUCAGACCACUCAUACCACUUAUCCAGAGGGACUGGAGGUUUUACAUUUCUCAAGUGGACAAAUAGAAAAGCAUUUUCCAGAUGGAAGAAAAGAAAUCACAUUUCCUGACCAGUCCAUUAAAAAUUUAUUUGAAGAUGGGAGAGAAGAAAGCAUUUUCCCCGAUGGUACCAUUGUUCGAGUACAACAAGAUGGCAACAAAAUAAUAGAAUUUAACAAUGGCCAAAGAGAACUUCACACUCCUCAGUUCAAGAGACGAGAAUAUCCAGAUGGGACCAUUAAGACUGUAUACUCUAAUGGCCACCAAGAAACAAAGUUUAUAUCUGGUCGAGUAAGAAUUAAAGAUAAGGAUGGAAAUGUUUUGAUGGACACCAAGUUGUAGCAAACUGUUUCUUAAUCAUGAAGUGAUAUGUGGUGCUUUGACAACAAAUUACUUUUAAAAAUGUAUAUAUCAUCAUUUCUUUUAAAAAAAAAAUGUAUAUUUCUGUAAAUUCCAUAGCAACUUGUUAAUCUGUACAUAGUAUAUUGAUGUUUUCAGAUAUCUAAAAUAAAGUUUAAAUUUGAUAGCUUGUCUUA